AUGGCAGAAGAAGAUCAAAGGAAGAAGAAAACAAAAAAUCCCAAGUCUUAUCAAGGGAGGAAAGAAUGCAUAAAGACGAAAUCAAUGGAUCUUGCAACUCUCUGUGAUAUCAAGGUUUGUAUUGUUAUUACUGGUCCUAAUAGGGAACUCCAAACUUGGCCUCACAAUUUGGAUGCCUGUAAAGAAGUUCUUGUUCUUUACUCUCAAAAUCUGAAAUCUGAAAAGAAGCACAAGGAAUCAGUACCAGAACCAGAAGAAGAACAAGGAGAGAAAGAUCUCCUGACGCUAGUUGUAUCAAAGCUUGUUGUUGUCAACAGGAGAAUUCGUUUGGUGGAGAACAAGAAUGAUAUGAAUACAAAAAGGGCGACCACAAGAAGAGUGGAAGAGGAGAUAGUGAAUGAGGGACUUCCUCCCCAAGGUUCUCAAGAGCCUCAAGUUCCUCGAGCUCCUAAUGAUGAUGGGGCUAUGACCAAUGUGGUAAUAAAAGGGGCUCUCCAAACAUUGACUCAAGUCAUGACGGCACAAGCACAAUCCGUGACAACUCAAGCCCAAGCCAUGACGACAUAA